AUGGUUUCUUUACCUUCAUUUUACCCUUUUGUUGAAAAGGAGUGGAAUGAUAUUAAGGUGGAAGGGAGAGGAGAUUAUGUUUUGAAAGAGAAACUUUUCCGGUUGAAGAAUAGAAUAAAGUGGUGGAAUAAGGAGGUGUUUGGCAAGAUUGAGUUGGAGAUAGAGGAAGGAGCGAGAGACAUUAAUUUUGGUGAUGAUAGGUUGGAAGUGGAAGCGGAAGAUCUCCACCCCGAGAUAAUUAAAGGGAGAAAGGAGGCAACAAGUAGGUUUUGGACAAGGUUGAGACUCAGAGAGAAUAUGAUUGUUCAAAAAUCUAGAUUGAGAUGGCUUAAGGAGGGGGAUUCUAAUAGCGGCCUCUUUCACAAAGUUAUGAAGGAUAAUAGGAAUCAUAAUCACAUUGGUCCUAUUAAUUCUUCUAGAGGCAUGCUAGAUUCGGUGGAAGGGAUUAAGGAGGAAGUUGUUCAUCAUUUCUCUAGCAAAUUUCAUGGCUUUGACGAGGGAAAUGCUAGGCUUGACGGGAUUUCUUUUAAUUGCAUUAGUGAGGAGGAGAAAGCUUUGAUUCCGAAAGGCUCUAGUCCGUUAUGUUUGGAUGAUUAUAGGCCGAUUUGUUUGGUGGGGUGUAUGUACAAAGUGGUGGCAAAAUUAUUGGUGGGAAGAUUGAAACAUGUGUUGAAUUCGGUUGUUUCGCAUUGUCAAAGUGCUUUUGUUCCGGGUAGACAAUUGCUUGAUGGAGUUCUUGUGGCCAAUGAGGCGGUUGACUUUGCAAGAAAGGAGGGAGGUUCUUGUCUUCUUUUCAAAGUAGACUUCGAAAAGGCGUAUGACAAAGUAUCGUGGAACUUCCUUCGAUAUCUUUUGGUCAAAAUGGGGUUUGGAGCUAAAUGGAGGAAGUGGAUGGAAUUAUUGAUUUUCAAAAGUAAUAUGUCGGUGAUGGUUAACGGUAGUCCAACAAAGGAAUUUGUUGUUAAUAGAGGCUUAAGACAAGGAGAUCCGUUAUCUCCUUUUCUUUUUGUUUUGGUGACGGAGGCUCUUACGAGAUUAGUUAGAAAAUCUAUAGAGAUUGGUGAUUUUGAGGCUUUCGAUAUUAAAAGAAGAUGCGAGGUGGACAUUCUUCAAUUUGCGGAUGACACUUUGUUGGUCGGAACGGGGACUUGGAAACAUGUUAAGGCUUUAAAGAUUGUUUUGAGAUCCUUCGAACUUGUGUCGGGUCUUGGUAUAAACUUUCACAAAAGCAAGUUGAUUGGUAUUAAUGUGUCUUCUCUUUUUUUGGAUGCCGCGGCUUAUUAUCUUUCUUGUAGGGUUGAAGACAACAAUUUUUUGUUUCUUGGUAUUCCUAUUGGUAGCAAUCCUAGGAAGGAAGCGACUUGGGCUCCUUUAAUGGAGAAAUUAAAAAAGAAGUUAUCCGGAUGGAAGGCUAGAUUUCUAAAUCUCGGAGGGAGGUUAACUCUUUUAAAGUCUAUUUUGAGUCCGUUAUUUAUCUUUACUAUGUCCUUUUACAAAAUGCCGGCUAGGGUGGUAAAAGCGAUAACGGCGAUUCAAAGCAAUUUUCUAUGGGGAGGUGGGGGAGAUAAACGGAUUAUUCAUUGGGUUGGUUGGAAAGGAGUGACUCUCCCUCUCGCGAAAGGUGGGCUAGGGAUUAAAAAUAUUGCCGAGUUCAAUUUGGCUCUUUUGAACAAGUGGAGGUGGAGGAUAGCGCAAGGCCAUAAGUCUUUAAGGUUAGAUGUGUUAAAGGUCCGGUACGGUGAUUUGUGCUUGCAAAUUAUUUGUGAUGGAGACGCUCACAAGCCUGCUUCCUCUUCUUUUUGGUGGAGAGAUAUUUUAAAGGUUAGUAGUGUUUCUUCUAAUUCUUUAGAUAUUGAUCCCAUUGUAUCGUCUUGCAAAUUCAUUGUUGGAAAUGGGUUUAAUACCCCUUUUUGGGAGUCUUGUUGGUUGAAUAAUUGUUUUUUAAAGGAAGCUUUUCCGGAUCUUUUUUUGGCUUCUUCUUUGAAAAAAGUUUCGGUAGCGGUUAUGGGUGAGUGGAACAAUGGUUGUUGGAAGUGGGGGGACCUUGGUAUUUCGGUUGCGGGUAAGGAUGUGGUCUUUUUAAGUUCUCUUUUGGUGUUGAAGAAUCUUUUGGACUCUUUUGGUAGUGUAAAUUCUUCGAUGGAUUGUGUGGUUUGGUUGUUGGAUUUGGAAAAAGGUUAUUCGAUUGCUUCUUGUUAUGGUUUGUAUGCUUCUAGGCGUAUCCCUUAUGGCCCUCCGACAAAGGGUGAUGAGGCCUUUAAUUUGUUGUGGAAAAUGGAUGUUCCGUAUAAGAUAAAAACGUUUGGUUGGAGGCUCUUUUUGAAUAGGUUACCUACCAAAGAUUUAUUGGUGUAUAGAGGUAUAGAUAUCCCAAUUAGUAAUUUAAAUUGCAUUUUUUGUGAAGCUCAUGUGGAAGAGGUGGAUCAUUUGUUUUCUAAAUGUUUUGUGAUUAAGUUGGUUUGGAAUGAAAUUGCUUCGUGGGUGGGAUUUCCGGGUUGGAUGGAGGAAGAAUGUGCAUCUUUUUUUGUGAAUUGA